AACAUCCCAACAACUCAAAUCAACAACUUUUUAACUAAAUUCAUCGCUUCUCUCUUUGCAAUAGUAAGAAAUACAUAUAUAUUUAAAUAUUUAGUGUUGUGAAAAAAAUGGAUAGAAUAGCUGCGAGGAACAUGGCAGGUCCAUUGCUGUUGCUGAAUUUGAUAAUGUAUUUCAUUGUGUUGGUGUUUGCAAGUUGGUGCCUCAAUAGGUACAUUGAUGGUCGAACUGCACAUCCAAGUGUGGGAGGAAAUGGAGCAACGGGACACUUACUCACAUUCUCGGUACUGGCAGCAGUACUUGGAAUAGUCUCCAAAAUAGGCGGCGGCAACCACCUCAGAACUUGGCGGAACGACAGCUUCGCCACCGCCUCCACCACUUCCACCGCCGCCUGGGCCGUCACCGCUCUCGCUUUCGGAUUGGCGUGCAAGGAGAUAAAUGUGGGAGGGUGGCGAGGGUGGCGGUUGAGGGUGGUGGAGGCCUUCAUCAUAAUUCUGGCCUUCACGCAGUCCAUCUAUGUGCUUCUGCUUCACUCUAGCUUCUACCGCAGCAGCGCCUACGACGACGACACUGGCUACGGCGGCGGAGUCGCUGGAGCUCAGCCGGUGCACAAAGGCAGCGCCACCGGUGGAAUGGUCUGAACGCGCAAUUUUCCAAAACUGGACUUAUAAUUUGGAAUUUUGUUAUUAAUGUAAUGUUGCGUAGCUUUUUCGCUUUCCAACUCGUAAAACUGGGAAGUUUGUUAUGUGUUGUUUGUAUUUGGUUUAGUGACGACGUUAUCUUCCCGUAUAAUUAAUUUAAUGUUUGAGCCUUCUGUUGUUUGUUUUUUUG